AAACACCGAGAUAUAUGUUUUUAUCGAAAAUCGAAUUUGAUCAAAGACCCUUUUAGAUUUUACAGUCGUUAGUGGAGUCUCAAAUGUACAGCUAUUGGACUUAACUAAAAACUAAUGUAUAAGUCAUCAAUAACAAAGCCCCUACUUUUACAAUUACCGGACUACACUAGCUGUUAAUUUUUAAACCCUCCUCUAGUCAUUUGGCUUUCAUGUUACAAGACAAAAGUUUCUGUUGGACGGAAAUUUGGCGUAAAACGAAGAUAAAAAUGACCCUCACGUUAAAGGCUCCAUGUUUCAAAUCCAAGUUCAUCACUGCUGAGCUGGCUCGUCUGUUCAGCCAGUCCGACAGUGAGGAGGAGUUUGAAGGUUUCAGCGAGGAUAAGGAAGAAAAGAAAAGAAGAACUUUUAACAAACGGCUAAAGACCAAGAUGGUGGAUUCAGAGGAGGACAGCGAAGUGGACACAGGCUUCUACUCUGAUGGCGAGGAGACCACCCCACCAAAGAGGAAGAGUCUUUUAGUGGCCUUGAGAUUUCCCGUCAGAAGACGGUCUACCCCCAAUCCAGUCAAAGAAACUCCUCCUUUACUGAGAUCCAGAGGAAGACAGAGGAUGAAGCUGCUGCUGCAGCAGCAGCAGCAGCAGCAGCAGCUGCAGGAUGAGAAAGAGAAGGAGAAGGAGGAGGAAGAGGAAGAGGAAGAGGAAGAAGAGGUCCAGUCUCAGAGCCUACGAAAACGAGACAAGAACAUCCAGGAAAACAAGGCCAUGCUGAGUAAGCUGUUUGCUGAUCUGAGCACCAUGGCUGACCUGACUCUGCCCAACACCCCUCAAAAGAAGAAGCGGGGGGCAGAGAAAGCGACACCCCGGAAACGUAAGUUUGAACCAGACAUGGGGUCUGAAAGGAGGAACCCGUCCCGUAAGGCUCGUCCUCCUCCGAACUUUGCAGUGGAGCAAAAGUGCGAGCCACUCACCUGUAGACGCCGCAGGACUGUAGACAUUAGGAAACUGGUGGAGGUGGAUGUCGAUGAGAAAAAUAAAAAUAAAAAGAGGAGGAUCUCCAGGGUGAGCCAGUUUGACGUGAGGUCAGUUGACAAUAUCACCAAAGAAGACUUGGACAACAUAGCGUACCGCAGCAAAGACAAGAUCUGGGACAAGGACAAUGGCAGCUCAUGUCACCAGUGCAGACAGAAGACUCUGGACACCAAGACAGUGUGUCGCAGUGGUUACUGUGUGGGGGCCAAAGGUCAGUUCUGUGGGCCGUGCCUAAAGAACCGCUACGGGGAGGACGUAAGCGAUGUACUGCUCGACCCGACGUGGUCGUGUCCCAUCUGCCGAGAUAUGUGUAACUGCAGUCUCUGUCGUAGGAAGGAGGGCCGCUGUGCUACCGGCAUCCUGGUGGGAUUGGCCCGCUACAACGGCCACGACAAUGUCCACGAGUAUCUGGAGAGCAUUCGGAAGGAUCUGCAGUAAAGUCCAGACAGAAGACCUGAGAGGAGAACCUGCUCGUACCAGGAGCCGGCUCUCGUGCUGCACAGUACCGUAGAACUCAUUUUAAUGCACAGUUUAGGUUUAGAAUCUUUUUUUUCUAACUAGAGAAACAAAAGCAAAUUAAUGUUUUUUUUUUUUUUUUAUAUCACCUUAACACAAGGCACAUACACUGUCUGUAUGUUUUAUAUGUUCUCAUUAAGGCUGCAUAAGAUGUUUUUAAAGCCAGUUCUCAGUUUUGAGUUGCAUAUUUUCAUUUUAAUAUUUCUAUUGUUGAUGUUCACUAGUAAUAUUGUAUGCUAUGGUUAUUUUCUGUGUUACGGAUGCAAAACGAGCCUUUUACUGUAUAUACCGACUACUUUUCUAAAUGUUCAAACAUUACAGCAUUAUUGUCAGUCCACUGUAAAUUCUAAUAAAGAAUGGCGUUAUCUAAAUGA